CUCACCGUUAUCAUUGAUCUGGGUUUCAUCUACCCAGGUAACGACAUCACUCUUAUAAUUGACGCUUGAACACAUCCGCUUGAUGGGUGCGACGACAUGGCGCUGGCGUCGAUGAGCAGCUCCCAACCCUCCACGCCCGUGCGCGGCCGAUGGGUGCGCAACGCAAUGUACCAAAGCAAACUGUCAAACAACAACGUGGACCGGAUGUUCGACGACUUCUCCGAAUCCGUGCAGUACCCGCGCAUCGACACUACGCAGAUCACCUGGGCAGCACGGAAAGCACAGUACUCCUGGCGACGCUCGUCCAAGCCGGUCCUGGAACCCACCACCCACAAAUGCCUCCUCCCACUCUUGCCGAACGAGGUGCUCAUUCAGAUCAUGCGCUAUCUGCUCCCGCUCGAACAAUCGUUUCACGUCUUCAACUACGAAAGUGAUCAGGGGAAACGAACGACCAUGAUCCACCGCCUGUGCACCCCCUACAAUAUCGACCAGAACCCCCUCGACCCGGUAGCAGGCAACACGUCGCCCAACAUCACCGCGCUCGCCAGCGUGUGCCACGCGCUCAGCGACGUCUACCACGCCGUCAUGUACGGCGAGAACCGCUUCAUCUUCGAGCUCGGCACGAGCGCCAUGUGGCCGCGGCCGAUUGCGAAGUCGCAGAGCGGGCUGCACAACGUGGAAAGCUGGGCGCGCGCAUACGAAGCGAGCUACGGCACCUUGUGGCCACUGACGCAGCGCACGAGUGCGUACGUCAAGAAUGUCACGCUGCUCGUUACCAAGUCGUAUCAGGAAGCGAACAAGUAUGAGCGCAUCCUCCUGACGGCGCAGUUGAAUGCGGUGCAAGGGCUGUUGAGCGCGGCGCCGAAUUUGAACUACCUCACGAUUGAUAUGAGUACUACGAACGGGCCGCAUGAGGCUGUCAGUCAGAGGCUGGGGUGGAAGCUGAGCGGGGAGGAUGAGCAUGUGUUGAAGUUGCGGGAGGUGGUGAAUUGCGCGAGCAGCUGUGAGGACUGUCCCGGCUUUCAUUCCUUUUGGGAGCUUCUGCGGGACGUUCGGUGCAAGAAGGAGGUGACGCUGAGCGGGCAUAUCUCGGGCGAGCUGGCGGACGAGAUGAAGAGGGCCAUGGUGCUGGAGUGUGGUGGUUGUGGAGAUUGAGUGGAUGUUACCUACCCGUGAACUUAUACUUGCAGGGAAUAUCCCAGUACGAGGCUCAGGUAAAUGGCCAUCAUUUGUGACGCUCUCCUGCGAUAGCGAACCAUGGCCUAGCGCACGGUAUACAUCGCGACAACUCCCUUCUUGCUAGCGCGCGAGAGAGCUUCCACCUCCCUUCAUCUUCAC